AUGGCCGACUACAAGAUAAUACAAGAUAGAAAAGGAGGAGGAGGAGAGUUGAUUGUGAAAGUGAGCAAGAGGGAGGUUGUGGCUGCAGUGCUGCCACUGCAAGAGCAUUGGCUACCACUAUCCAACCUAGACUUGCUUCUACCCCCAGUUGAUGUGGGUGUGUUUUUCUGUUACAAGAAGAACACCAGCUUAUUGGGAAAGGACCUCUCUAAUAAUUUUGGCUCCAUGGUUGGGGUUCUUAAGAAGGCCUUGGCCCAAGCUCUCGAGACAUACUAUGCUUUUGCUGGUGAGGUGGUGUCAAACCCUGUUGGUGAACCUGAGAUUCUUUGCAAUAACCGUGGUGUGGACUUUGUCGAAGCUUUUGCUGAGGCAGAGCUUAAAGACCUCGACUUGUAUAACCCUGAUGACACCAUUGAAGGCAAACUUGUGCCCAAGAAGAAGCAUGGUGUGCUCGCUGUCCAGGUGCCAUGUUUUCGUCGUUCUUUGCUCAAUCCUAGACGCCCGGGUUCAAUUCAUCCAUCCUUGAACGGCAUGUAUGUUCCAGUGACCUCAUUGCCUCCACCCAAAGACCCACAACCUGGUGAUGAUUAUCUUAUUAGCCGCAUAUACUACAUUAAGGCUGACCGACUCAACCUGCUCCAAUCACUGGCUACCAAAACCAAUGGUUGCAGGAGGACUAAACUAGAGUCCUUUAGUGCCUUCUUGUGGAAGAUGGUUGCUAAACAUGCUAUUCUUAACAAUGUGGACAAAAAGGUAACCAAAAUGGGCAUUGUUGUGGAUGGUAGGACAAGGUUAAGUGAUGGAGAUAUAGACAAAGCUUCACUUAUGGUGUAUUACUUUGGAAAUGUGCUAUCCAUACCUUAUGGAGGCAAGGAAGUAAAUGAGAUUGAUGAAAAUCCAUUGAGUUAUUUGGCCAAUGAAGUUCAUGAUUUCUUGGAUGGUGCAGUGACCAAGGAACAUUUCUUGGGGCUCAUAGAUUGGGGUUCAUUUGAGAUGUAUUAGGGGUUGGAGAAAUAUUGACGUCAUAACGUGAUAGGGACGAUUUAUACGCUAAGAUAAUUUUCGCUCUAGCAGGAGCCAAAAAUAUUACCGCUAUGUGCGUGUGCGUGUGCGUGUGGUGUGUACGGGAAUACAUUGGG